AUGAGUCACAAGCAUCAAACACUCCGCUUUGUGGACGACCCGACUGCCGGGGAGGGCAUCUGGGGAUACCCCACGAGCAAAGCCAACUUCUGCGAGGAGGACUACGUCUUCACGAGGUAUAUCGCAGAAUUCAUCAACUGCCUAUCUAAUGCCACCUACAUCUACUUCGCCCUCAAGUACCCCCGCGCCAACUCCAAGGCGUCGGUGCCCUGGUACCGCACCCUCGACAUCCAAUCCGUCGGCCUCCUCCUCGUCGGCAUCUUCUCCGGCGUCUUCCACGGCACGAUGCACCAGGAAACCCAGCUCCUAGACGACCUCUCCAUGCUGAUCCUCGCCGGCUCGCUCGUGCAGCCGCUCUAUGUCUACCGCCAGUCCUCCCUCGUCGGCGCCGCCGUCAUCGCACUGCUGUGGGGCGGCAUCGGCACCAUGGCCGUCAUCUACGUGCGCUCCGGCGACAUCUUCAUCCACGUCAUGACCUUCACCGCGCUGCUCACCUUCGUCUGGCCGCGCACGCUGUACCUGGUCUACUGGACGGGGCUGCACUCCAAGGAGGAGAAGAAGGUCUUCAUGCGCUACUUCUGGAAGGCCGUCUUUGCGUUGAUCUUUGGCUUCACGCUGUGGCAUAUCGACUUGGAGUACUGCGCCGAGUUGAGGGCUGCGAGGAAGGCGGUCGGACUGCCGGUCGCGUGGUUAUUGGAGUUGCAUGGGUGGUGGCAUAUCUUUACUGCUCUUGGAGCGAGCUGGUACAUGCGGUUGAUCAGGAUGGUUACGGAGGACGGCCGUACCGGUUCCGAGAAGAAGCAAAAGUAG